GCACUAAAGUAAGUCUGCAGUAGAAAACCCCAUCUGUAGGACCCAGGAAAUGCUUGCCAAUCACUGCUAGAAAAGCCACGAUAACUUGUUUGUUGGUCAUUGCUGACAUUAUUAAUACAGAACCUGUUUGGUAACAGCUAGUCAAUCAUUUGAGAUGUUCUAAAGUUUGAGAAGGUCUCUGCUGUUCAAAGGGAGUGGAUUAUGACAAAGUAAAUUAUUACUAUUUUUUGUGAUAAAUUCUGGUUCAAGUAUGCUAUCUGAGGUAAUUUCUGAUCGAUGCCAAAUUUGAACAGUUUGAUUAUCCAUCUUAGCUUACAGACUCAGCACUCUGAUUUCUGACUGUUUUAACAGCAAGUCCACUAUCAGAAUAGAUCUAAUGUUGGUUCUCAAGCAUAUGAAGCUGAGCCUAAAAGAACAAUUGAGUAAAUACAGUAAUCUCUGAUAAUUUGUUUGAAGUAGAAUGUUUAAUUUGUUAAGAUCUAAUGGUAUCAUUUUGACUAAGCAAUCAGGUUCCUGACUAUCUGUGGGAAGUAAUUAUUAUUUAAUAAAACUUGAAACCAAGCUUUAAGAUGUGUCAGCUAAUAUGUUACUAAUUAAACUCUUUAUUUGGAGGAAAUGUUUUGAUUGUUUUGUUUUCCCAUUUAAAAUUAUUGUAGGAGGAACAAUUACUUAAUUUGAGCAAGAUUUGGGAUAUACUAUGUUUCACUGAAUCUAAGAUGUCAUCAAUUUUAAGGCAUACCAUUAUUUUAUGUACUUAUAAGAAAUAAAAAUAUUGCUAAUUAUGACAUGCCUUUCUUUAAUUGUAAGAUACUUCUCAAUAACAUACUAAACCAUGCAUUUUAAAACCAGUGAAAUAUGGUAAUGCAUUAUUUUCCUCUUUUGAGGUAGGUCUUAAUUAUUUUUUUUCUGGCUACCAAAUUUCACAGUUUUAAAAACAAAAUAAACAUAGUUUGAAUAUUUUUUUCUUUAGAGCACUUAAAGAGUAUAGUUUUUGACAGUGGACAAGCUAGCUUUGUGAGUCAGACAUUCUGUCUUCAGGGAGGCUGAAUGUCUAUUGGAGAGAUAGACUUCUUCGUGGAGAUGCCUGACACUAAAUGACAUCUUGAUGACCUAAAGCACUCUAUGCUUUUAGGAAGGGUUUUACUUUUCAUUAUUAGAUACUGUGUAUCAUCAUGUUUACAUUGUAUAUAUAAAGAUUAUACAAAGUUGCAGUUGUGCAUGAUUGUCCCUUUAAAUAUCAGUAUGGGAUUCAGAAUCUUACCAUAUGCUGAAACUCUAAAUGUAUAGAAGAUUCAAGAAUUAAAGAUUUCCUCUUAAAGGUGUUCCGCCUAAUACUAAAACUAACAAAAACCAAAAGUUGUGCACAAAACUACCUCCCCAGAGAAAGGCUAGUCCCUUUUCCUCCCCAUCCAUUUGAUUAUGAACAUAGUAGAAAACAGUGUAUUCUUAUCAAACUUGAUGAAAAGUACCAAUCUGUUUGAACUGAAGUAUGACUUUUCAUGUGAACUGUACCGAAUGUCUACAUAUUCAGCUUUCCCUGCCGGUGUUCCUGUCUCAGAGAGUCUUGCUCGUGCUGGUUUUUAUUACACUGGUGUGAAUGACAAGGUCAAAUGCUUCUGUUGUGGCCUGAUGCUGGAUAACUGGAAGCAAGGAGACAAUCCUGUUGAAAAGCAUAAAAAGCUAUAUCCUAGUUGUAGCUGUGUUCAAAAUCUAAGUUCAGUUAACAUUUUGGGAGCCACCUCUCAGCCUACUUUUCCUUCCUCAGUAACAAAUUCCACACAUUCAUUACUUCCAAGUUUGGAAAACAGUGGAUAUUUCAGUGGCUCUUAUUCAAGCUUUCCAUCAGAGCCUAUAAACUCUGGACCAAAUCAAGGUUUUUCUGCCUUGAGGACAAGUCCCUACCAUUGCACAAUGAAUACUGAAAAAGCCAGGUUACUUACGUUCCAGAUGUGGCCGUUGACCUUUUUGUCACCAGCAGACUUAGCAAAAGCGGGCUUUUACUACAUAGGACCUGGAGACAGAGUGGCUUGCUUUGCCUGUGGUGGAAAAUUGAGCAAUUGGGAACCGAAGGAUGAUGCUAUGUCAGAACACCUGAGACAUUUCCCCAAAUGCCCAUUUUUAGAAAAUCAGCUUCAAGACGCGUCAAGAUACACCGUCUCUAAUCUGAGCAUGCAGACACAUGGAGCCCGUUUUAAAACAUUCUGUAACUGGCCUUCCAGUGUUCCAGUUCAUCCUCAGCAGCUUGCAAGUGCAGGUUUUUAUUAUAUGGGUCAUAGUGAUGAUGUUAAAUGCUUUUGUUGCUAUGGUGGACUCAGGUGUUGGGAAUCUGGAGAUGACCCGUGGGUGGAACAUGCCAAGUGGUUUCCAAGGUGUGAGUACUUGAUACGAAUUAAAGGACAAGAGUUCAUCAGUCAAAUUCAAGCCAGUUACCCUCAUCUACUUGAACAGCUGUUAUCUACUUCAGAUAAUCCAGAAGAUGAAAACACAGAGUCACCAAUUAUUCAUUUUGGACCCGGAGAAAACCAUUCAGAAGAUGCAGUCAUGAUGAAUACACCUGUGGUUAAAGCUGCCUUGGAAAUGGGCUUUAGUAGAAGGCUGGUAAAACAGACAGUUCAGAGUAAAAUCCUAACAACUGGAGAGAAUUAUAAAACCAUCAGUGAUCUUGUAUUAGAUUUACUUAAUGCAGAAGAUGAAAUAAGGGAGGAGGAGAAAGAAAGAGCAACUGAGGAAAAAGAAUCAGAUGAUCUAUCACUAAUCCGGAAGAACAGAAUGGCACUUUUUCAACAGUUGACUUGUGUGCUUCCAGUCCUGGACAGUCUGCUAGCUGCCAAAGUAAUUGAUGAAGAAGAACAUGAUGUUAUUAAAGAGAAAACGCAGACAUCUUUACAAGCAAGAGGACUGAUUGAUACUAUUUUAGUAAAAGGAAAUUUUGCAGCCAGCAUAUUCAAAAACUCUUUGCAAGAAAUUGACCCCAUGUUAUUUAAGCAUUUAUUUGUGCAACAGGACAUAAAGUAUAUUCCCACAGAAGAGGUUUCAGACUUACCAGUGGAAGAACAAUUGAGGAGACUACAAGAGGAAAGAACAUGUAAAGUGUGCAUGGACCAAGAAGUAUCCGUGGUGUUCAUUCCUUGUGGCCAUCUAGUAGUAUGCGAAGAUUGUGCUCCUUCUCUAAGAAAAUGCCCUAUUUGUAGAGGUACAGUUAAGGGUACAGUUCGCACAUUUCUUUCAUGAAGAUCCAACACUUGGUCUAAAGUUUAGAAUUAAUGGAUUAAAUGUAUUGUAAUUUUAACUUUUAUACUGA